UUUCCAGUUGUUCCCGUAAACAAAACCCAACAUCAUUAUGUUGUUCACCUCAUUGAUUGAGGCUGCUCAAAAUUCGCCUUUCAAAAAGCCCUUCACCACAGCCAGCUGUGAACCAGCUAUGGAAAAAGGUCAAUUGACCGAACAUCAUCAUAUCCAAGCUGCUGCAGCUGCUGAGGGCGAUUCCUGUGAAUUUGGUUCGAAUUUAUAUUUUGCCCUGUGCGGUUUGGGCGGUGUCAUCUCCUGUGGUACCACACACACAAUGGUCGUACCAUUGGAUUUGGUCAAGUGUCGUUUGCAAGUCGAUCCAGCCAAAUAUAAGAGUGUCGUCAACGGUUUCCGUGUAACAUUGGCUGAGGAUGGUUUUAAGGGUUUGUCCAAGGGUUGGGCACCCACCUUCUUUGGCUAUUCAGCCCAGGGUCUGUGCAAAUUCGGUCUCUAUGAAGUCUUCAAAGUUAUCUAUUCCAAUGCCAUUGGUGAGGAGAAUUCCUAUUUGUACAGAACUUCAUUGUAUUUGGCCGCCUCCGCUUCGGCUGAAUUCUUUGCUGAUAUUGCUUUGGCUCCCAUGGAAGCGGCCAAGGUUAAGAUUCAGACCACACCCGGUUUUGCCAAUACCUUGAGGGAGGCAUUGCCCAAGAUGUCGGCCCAAGAGGGUUUGGGUGCUUUCUACAAGGGUUUGGUGCCAUUGUGGAUGCGUCAAAUCCCCUAUACCAUGAUGAAGUUUGCCUGCUUUGAAAGAACUUUGGAAUUGUUGUAUGCUUAUGUUGUACCCAAACCACGUCAAGAAUGCACCAAGGGCGAACAGUUGGUUGUCACAUUUGCUGCCGGUUAUAUUGCUGGUGUAUUCUGUGCCAUUGUUUCACAUCCUGCUGAUACUGUUGUUUCCAAAUUGAAUCAAGCCGCCAAGGGUUCAUCGGCUUUGGAUGUGGCCAAGGCCUUGGGCUGGAGUGGUUUGUGGGGUGGCUUAGUACCCAGAAUUGUCAUGAUCGGUACCUUGACCGCUGCCCAAUGGUUCAUCUAUGAUGCCGUUAAAGUAUACUUGCGUAUGCCUAGACCACCACCACCAGAAAUGCCCGAAUCAUUGAAAAAGAAGUUGGGCCUCACACAAUAAACCGAUGAUU